AUGGAGGUUCAUUGUGAUCUUGAAGUUGAUGUCAAUGGGGAAGAGUCUUUCAUAGUGGACAAGAAAAUUAUUGCUUCCUACUCUGGCAAAUUGAGCAACUUACUUGGCAAAUCAAAAGCUACCUCAAGAAAUCUUAAAGUGGUAUUGCAUGACUUUCCGGGAGGAGCAGAGAGUUUUGAGCUCAUUUCAAGGUUCUGCUACAACCAUGGCAGCACCGACAUAACUCCUUCCAAUAUUUCCCUCCUAUAUUGUGCUGCACAGUUCAUGGAAAUGAACAAUUCUGUCACUGGAACACAUAAUUUAUUGGAAAAAUCAGAGAAGUCAUUUGAAGAGAUUAGAUUUUGGACAUGGUCUGAGCUUUUAAUGGCUUUGAAGCAGUGCCAAGAUUUACUUCCAGCUGCUAAUUCUCUAAGCCUACUCGAGAAAUGCUUGGAUACCCUUGUUGCAAGAUUGCCUUUGACAAGCGAAGCGAGUCCUUGUCCUUCCACUUCAUCCCCAGAUAGCUCUGGUAUUCGGUUUUCAUGUGACACUCGAAGCACUGAGAGUUUGAAAACCAGCUCAUCUCGGGCAACCUGGUGGUUUGAGGAUCUUCUAGUUUUAGGUCCAAAUUUGGUUGAAAUGCUGGUCAAGUCCAUGAUUUCUCGAAAACUUGAUCAUGUUAUCAUUAGUAGGUUCCUCUUUUAUUACCAGAAAUCGAAGUUUUACACUGUCAAAUCUGAUGCCAAGCGCACCUUUGUGGAAACAGUCAUUGAUAUGCUGUAUAUUCUUGAUCAGAGCUGUGUUUCUUGCAAGAGUUUAUUUGGGAUUCUUCGAGUUGCUCUGAAUUUGAAUAUAAAAAAAAGUAGCAGGAAUAAGUUGGAGAGCAUGAUUGGUUCACAGCUUGAUCAAGCAAUAUUAGACAAUUUGCUUGUUCCAUCCCCACGCGGGAUCAAUUACUUGUAUGAUGUCAAUCUUGUUCUAAGGUUAUUGAAAUCAUUUCUGAGUGGAGGAAUCUGUCAAGCAUCGCCCACGCGAUUGAGGAGAGUUGCUGCCUUGGUGGAUUUGUAUAUGGCAGAAGUAGCCCCAGAUCCUUGUCUGAAGCCUUCGAAGUUUGUGGCUUUAGCCAUGGUCAUGCCGGAUUCUGCCAGAGACUCCUAUGAUGAACUUUACCAUGCCAUGGACUUGUAUAUAGAGGUGCAUGCAGGAUUGUCAGAAGAGGAAAAGAUGAAAAUUUGUUGUGUGUUGAACUAUGAGAAGCUCUCAUCACAGACUUGCAUACACAUUUCUCAGAAUAAAAAGUUUCCAUCAAAAGCAGCAGUCCAAGCUCUCGUCUCUCAGCAAUUGAAGCUUAAAAGCUUACUCCAUCCAACCAACAAUUCUAAGUCCUACGCUGACUCCCCUUGUAGUGCCGCCGAGGUUGGAAAUGCGGGAAGGAAAUUCGAUGCCAAUGAACAACUUGUGCUUUACACAGGGAAACUCGAUCUCGCAGCUGACAAUUUGAAACUUAGAGCACAUUUGCAAGGCAUGCAGUGCAGGGUAAUGGAAUUGGAGAAACUGUGCAAGAAAUUGCAAACUCAAAUGGCAACGUUUAGAAAAUCAAGAGUAUCAAGCCACAGUCAUGCAAGAUCUGUGCCCAAACUCUGUUCAUGA